ACGACGACUGUGUUUGUGAAUACGACUCGACCUGGGACACAGAGAGUGAUGGAGACGACCCGGCCGGAGAGAGCCAGACCCGACGGUCAAACCAAGACAAAAACAAAUCUGCGUGGGCCAUAGUACGUGCUUCCAUUUACCGUCCGACACCCCGUUGUGCAGCAGAACCUUGUCGUGCCGCCGUAGCCUCGUGGCAUCACACCCCCAGAAAUAUGAGGGCAGCGAGGGACAUGCAGAACUACAGGAGAGGCUACCCUAACCUGACGGAUGACGAGUGCUCGGAGGACAAAAUGAAUAAUUUACAGUUUUAUCUCAACAAGUUUCCCUCUGCUCCUGAUGACAUCUACAUUGACUCGUUCCUCAAAGAAUGGAGGAAUGACUACAAGCGGCUGGAGAGGGUUCACUCCUACAUUCAGUGGCUGUUUCCACUCCGGGAACCAGGCGUGAAUUACAUGGCUUCAGAACUCACCAAAAAGGAGAUUGAGGAGUUUAGGAAGAACGAGGUCGCCAAAAGGAGGCUGGUGGAGUCUUAUGAGCUCAUGCUGGGCUUCUACGGCAUCCGCUUAGUGAACAAGGAGACCGGAGAGGUGAAACGCGCCGAAAACUGGAAGGAGCGCUUCGGAAACUUGGAGAGGAACAUGCACAACAACCUCCGCAUCACCCGCAUCCUGAAGAGCCUGGGGGAGCUGGGCUUCGAGCACUACCAGGCCCCGCUGGUGCGCUUCUUCCUGGAGGAAACUCUGGUCAAGAAGACCCUCAGCAGCGUGAAGCGCAGCGUCCUCGACUACUUUCUGUUCGCCGUGCUGAACAAACAGAAGCGGCAGGAGCUCGUGCGCUUUGCCUACCUCCACUUUGAGCCAAAGGACAAGUUUGUGUGGUGUCCCAGAAAAAUCCAAAAGCAACUCCGGAAGGCGGAGAAAAGGCUGGAGGCCGUUGGAAACGGAGACGGGAAGGAGGAGGUCCUUUCCCGGAGUAAAAACAAGGACGGAGACACAGGUGUGCAGCAGAAAGAGGAGGGAGGAGAUAACAAGCCUCAAAAGGGAGGCGAUAAAAGUAAGGACAGGAGCAAACAGCCUGAGACCGAGCCAGUCGGAAACGGGAACGCUUCGACUGAAUCCGAAAGCGAGUUAAGAAACGGAAGCGACUCUUCUGAUGAUGUUCUCGAAAUGGACCAGUCGCCCAAUCCUGAUGUCACGACGGUCCAGGCGGACCCCAGCACGCAGACAUGCACCACACAAGAGGCCGACAUUAUGCAAACAGACGCCGACGUGGAAACGGAAAAACCCGCGAAGAAGAAAAAAGACGACCAAGUCCCUCCAAACAGCAGCAGCGCUGCAGAGGACGCUCCACAGCUGGAAGACAAGACAGUUUGUGUCACAGGUCCAACAAGUCCAUCUUUACAGACUCCCCCUAAAAGCUCAAAACACUCCCCUUCACGCUCCUCCGAAAGGGAGGGCAAAAUCCCUCGGACUGACUUCAGCCAGGCGCCGGCUAAGAUGGAAGAAGAGGAAUCAUCACCGGGAAGUCCAUCGGCGACGAAAGGGAAGGAAAACGUGGAAUAGAAAAGCAUCAGUGAGUCUGAGGAUGUGGAGAUGGAGUCGAACCCUUCAAGCUCAGAUCAAAAAGUGGAGAAUUCAUGACCAAACAGGGCAGUGGAUAAAAGCUACAGGGGACAAAGUCAAUUCAAGGCCUUAUUUCUACAGUUCUUCAUGCUAAGAUAUGGAUCAUUUUCACUUUAAAGAAAGGGUUACAUUUAUAUGUUUGCCAAAUAUGACAGCUACUUGAUGAUCAUCUUUUGUUUUGUUUUUGCUUGAAAAUAGAUUUUUUUUACGGACCCCCUUAAAGGACAUCAAAGUAAAAAGAUUGAAGUAAAAAAAAAUUCUGGCUACUAUCUGGUGCGCCCUAGAUAGUAUCUGAUGCUCACCAGAUAGCAUCCCUGCUCACUAGACGGUAAAUGGUGCGCACCGGAUAGUUACAAGGAAAAACAAUUUUUUUAGAAAUAUUAGAGAAUUCUGGCUACUAUCUGGUGCUCACCAGAUAGUUUCCAGGUAGUAUCUGGUGCUGACCAGGUAGUAUCCAGACAGUACCCGGAGCUCACCAGAUAGUAUCCAGAUAGUAACUGGUGCUCAUCAGAUAGUAUCUGGUGCUCAUCAGAUAGUAUCUGGUUCUCACCAGGUAGUAUCUGGUGCUGACCAGGUAGUAUCCAGACAGUACCCGGAGCUCACCAGAUAGUAUCUGGUGCUCAUCAGAUAGUAUCUGGUUCUCACCAGGUAGUAUCUGGUGCUGACCUGGUAGUAUCCAGACAGUAUGCAGUGCUCACCAGAUAGUAUCUGGAGCUCAUCAGAUAGUAUCUGGUGCUCAUCAGAUAGUAUCUGGUGCUCACCAGGUAGUAUCUGGUGCUGACCAGGUAGUAUCCAGAUAGUAUCCGGUGCUCAAUAAUAGUAUCUGGAGCUCAUCAGAUAGUAUCUGGUGCUUACCAGGUAGUAUCUGGUGCUCACCAGAUAGUAUCUGGUGCUGACCUGGUAGUAUCCAGACAGUAUCCGGUGCUCAAUGAUAGUAUCUGGAGCUCAUCAGAUAGUAUCUGGUGCUAACCAGGUAGUAUCUGGUGCUGACCAGAUAGUAUCUGGAGCUCAUCAGAUAGUAUUUGGUGCUCACCAGGUAGUAUCUGGUCCUGACUAGGUAGUAUCCAGAC